UGACAGUCGACUGCUGACUCUGCCUGCUCGUGCGGCCUGCAUCCUCGAACCUCCACCUGUCGCACCAUGAAUCCGACAAUCACGCUUCCGAGGAACAACUCAAAUGCCUCUUUCGGGGCCGUACCGUCCUCAUCACGGCGGAAAGAUGGUGGUAUCCGCAUGCCUCGAUUCUUCAAACGCCUAUUCAAGUUCCCCCAGAUGGAUUUCGAGAUGGCAGUUUGGGAGAUGACUAGCCUGAUCAUCGCGCCCAAGAAGGUCUUCCGCCAGGUCUACUACCACAAACAAACACGGAAUACAUGGCACAGAGCGGACCCGUCAUUCACCUACCUGCUCUCCUUCUUCCUUCUCCUGACCGCACUAUCCUGGGGUCUCGCCUACGCCGAUGGUUUUUCGAAAACCCUACGCAUAACUCUGGUCUUCAUCUUCGGCCACUUCCUCCUUACCUCGCUACUCGUAUCUACGGCCGCCUACUUCCUCGUCGGAAAGCUAUUAGGUCCUGGUGUCAAGGGUCUACCAGGCAGGAACAAAAGAGCUGGCUUGUUUGGCCCGCCGGGCAAUGAUACGAUUGAGCAGUUGGAGUUUGGAUAUUGCUUCGACGUCUCGAUUCGUGCCUUCUUCCCUGUCUGGGUCUGGCUGUACGUCGUCCAGUUCCUGCUCAUGCCAGUCAUCUCGCGCGACUACUGGGUCUCGCUGUUCUUCGGCAACCUCUUGUACUUGGUGGCCUUUGGAUACUACUUUGUCGUCACCUUCCUCGGCUACAAUGCCCUUCCGUUCCUCCACCAUACCCAGCUCCUGCUCACGCCAGUUGUGGGUUUCGCCAUCUUCUGGAUCGUCAGUUUGUUCGGCUUGAACUUGCCGAAACACUUUGCUCCUGUCCUAUGGGCUGGUGCCGACUUGCGCAAGUCUGUAUGAUUUUGGACCAUGUAUCUAUACCAAAGAAAAGCAUUUUCCUUCUUCUCCUUAAA